AUGUCGUCAUUCCUUAACUCCCUCCGCCCUGGCCUGCGCAUGGCCAAGACGGCCACCCAGACCGCCCGUGCCUUCAGCUCCUCGCCCGCCCACGCCCUCGCCCGUCUGACCGUCACCGGCCGCCUCGGCGCCGACCCCGAGCUGCAGGCUACUGCCUCCGGUCAGGAAGUUAUCAAAUACGUUGUCGGCUCUUCCCACGGCCCCCGCGAUAACCGUCAGACCAGCUGGUUCCGCAUUACCAGCUUUGCUCCCGAGGGUCCCCACCGUGAUUAUCUGCUUAGCAUGACCAAGGGAACACUCGUCCUCGUCGAGGGUGAUGCCAGCCUCCGCACCUACGACGACGCCGAGGGCAAGUCCCGCACCAGCUUGAACGUUAUUCAGCGAUAUAUUGAGGUCCUUAAGCGCCCCUUCAACGCCGACCAGGAAUCUCAACAGUAG